UUACUUGCUUUUGUAACUAAAGUUUAGCGACAGCUGUAAGUUCUCUGCGACGGAACAUUGAAGCAAAGGUUAGUAACCGUUGGUAUAAUAAUUUUUCACACCCCAUUCGAUUGUUCGUUCGUUCGUUCGUAAAGGCAGGCAAACAGAGGAUGAAGAUCACAGCGUUACUCGUGCUGAAAUGCCACCCGAUUCCCGACGGGUCGGAUCCGGUUGUUUUAGCAAACGCAACGGACGUGAAUCAUUUUGGGUAUUUUCAGAGGGUCACUGUUCGUCAGUUUAUCGUUUUUGUUGGUAGAACCGUCGCUAAAAGAACGCCACCUGAUCAACGCCACACUGUUCAACACGAAGAGUACAAGGUGCAUUCGUACAACCGAAAUGGUUUAUGUGUUGUGGGUUUCAUGGAUGAUCAUUAUCCGGUUAGAAGUGCCUUCUCUGUGUUAAACCAGGUGAUAGACGAGUAUCAGAAGAAGCAUGGUGAUUCAUGGAAGAAUGUACAAGCGGAUAAAACUGAUCAAUGGCCGUAUCUUAAUGAUGCUUUAACCAGGUUUCAGGAUCCUGCUCAGGCUGACAAGCUGUUGAAGAUUCAGAGGGAGUUGGAUGAGACCAAAAUUAUCCUUCAUAAAACCAUUGAUAGCGUCCUUGAAAGAGGCGAAAAGCUGGAUAGUUUAGUCGAGAAGAGUUCAGAUCUAAGUGCAGCCUCACAGAUGUUCUACAAGCAAGCAAAGAAAUCCAAUCAAUGUUGUACCAUUUUAUAAAGACGGGUACUCGUUCAACCAUGGUUAUUCAAGAAAUCAAGUUUUAGGAGGUAAACCUUUCGUGGAUUUAUGCUUGCUCUAGAUAGACAACAAGGCAUUGCUCGUGUCGAUUCAUGUAUCUAAUCCAAUUUUAAACAUCAUGUCAUAAUGUUAAUACAUUGCUUUAAUGUUCAAGAUUUGUAACGAUAUAUCCUUCUCGUGA